AUGCCUGUCAUCCCCACACUCGUCGUCCGAGACGAUUCGAGCAGCACCAGCACCAGCAUGACCCCGACCAUGAUGAAACUUCUGAUCGCACUCGUCGUCCUGGUCCUGUUCGGCAUCUGCCUCACCGGCGGCCUCUUCAUCCUCCGCGCUCGCCGAAAGGCCAAGCAGAUCGAGAAACUCACCCAUCUUCCAUUCCACGCCAGCAGCCCUUCUUCCAAAUCCUCCAGUCACCGCCGCCUUACCGUCAUCACUGCUCCUCAUGGUCGCCACUCGAAACCCAUCAAUAUCUACAAUGAGAAGGAGAUUUUGGUCGAAGACUCUUCGCGACCCGGCUCGCCUGUAAGCCCAGUGCCCGAGAUCCGCAUCACCUUCCCUGAAGAAGAGAAUGAAGCCGGGAAAAGCAAGUCCGGACGCGUGGUGGUGGUCCGCAUCAGCGAGACAGGAGGGUUGGGAUUGGAGCCCUAUAGCGACGAACACUUACCGGCAUACCAGCAAUCGGACGCUGAGAGGUUCCAGUCGCUGGACUUGGAUAGGAUGGGUGGCUUGAAGGAGGUGGAGCGGGGUGAAAAAGUGUGA